CCCCCUCCCCCCCCCACACAGGGUUCGUGUGUGUAACGGGCCCAAAAUCCUGCUUUGCAUCCUCCAAUGCGGAUGCGCGGAUCACCCACCGGCUUGUGCCCCGGCUCCGGCAAAAACCGUCAAAGGUGCCCUGUGCGCGCGGCUAUAGGGAUCAUCUCUGCAGUUGAUCACCAUCCUCAAAGCAAUCCCAUUCAUCCCAUCCAAUUGACCGGCCACGCGACGUCACUUGGCUGGCUCCGAAUGCCGCUCCAUUUUUCCCAUCUGAAAAAUGCCGCGGCACAUUUCCACCUCCGGACCGACUCACGGGACUGGGGGACCCUUGUGUGGAGACACCGUGAUCAAGUGUGACGGUUCAAUGGGAGAGGACGAACAGUCGCCCGCGCGCCGAGUCACACAUGACUGGGGGGUUCAACAAACACAGCAAUACAUACCCCGCGAACUCAACAAUCAAGGCCUUCCCUUCCAAUCAUUCCUCCCGACCAACCACAACCCAGUCGAAACCCGUCAAAAAGACCUGCCAAAGGACACAAACACACGAAAAGCCUUCGCACUUGGGAAAGUCGCAGCUGGACUGGACUUGCCAAGGCAUGGUCCAAAUAAUUGAUCGAUGGAUGCAUCGAUCUCAUUUCCCGACCACGUCCUUUCUCCUGUGCAACGCCACAAUGUCUGCUCCCACGUUUUACAGCACGCCGUGCCUUGCCGCUGGCUGCUUCAAACAAAGAAGAGGACGGGCAGGUCUAGCCGGGUCGGACUGAGUCUGUGAGACUCGGCCCCGACAUCCAUCUUUCUUUCAUCAAACAUCCAACCCCUAGUGGGUUUCACUUCGCUUCUUCAUUAUCUUGAGCUCUUAGCUUUUCUUAUAAUUACUUUGAUACGACUUCGCAUGGAACACACAUUCUACACGCAAUCAGGACGCAUCGGGUUGGGGCAACAAAAAGUUUUCUUUGGCAUUUUUCGGAGUUUCCUUUCUGUUUUCCUUUGUUUUAAGCGCGGUUGCAAUUGAUACCCCCAUUUGUUUUUGUUUUUCCUAAGCAUUUUCAGGCAGUUUUUCUCAUGAUAUUGAUACCCUAUUGGAAUUUGAAAAGGCAUCAUUUGCCUUGAGGAGUUAGUUUACUGAGCAUUUGAAGUCAAUACUACGUCAGUGGUUGCUCCUAUAAUUGAAACUUCGAUCAUCGUCAUCAACAUAAUUAUCUG